CAGACAUUGUUCGUUAUUAGCAGAUAGCAACUCUACCUUCAAUGGUAAUCUGAACCCUUUGUUUAAAAAAAAAAAAAAAAUCUCCACCUCAAAACAACUUCAAUCCUCCAACCACCAGCUAAUGCUACCGGAAACCGGUACCAUUUGGAUGGACGGUGAAGUUAACCAAGACGAAACCUCAUCCUGGUCACCCACUCACCACCACCAUCAUCACAACCAACAAAUCAUCGGUCUCGAAUCCAAUGCAACUUCAUGCAACAACAAUGAAGAUGACCACCACCACCCUAUUACCAACACCAACAACACUUCAUAUGCUUCUCUCACCACCUUGAAAUCCAUGCUGGAAACUGAGUGGUACCACCACCACCACCACCAGCACAACACCGUACCAGACGGUAAUAAUAACUCUUUGUUUUUACCGAUGGAUUCUUCUUCAUCAUGUUCUCCAUCGCAAUCUCAUCCUUCAUUCACCCAAGCAUAUCCUCCAUUCUUUCCUAACAAGUUCAGUCAUAAUAUGAACCCGUACGAUAUGCCGUACGGGUUCGAGUUCGGUGGCGAACCGGCUUUCGUACCUAACCAUACCAAUUUGAUGAAUUUUGGUUUAUCUUCCCAUAUACAGUUACCAGAGCUUUCGUCUAGCUCGGACUUUCCGGGGAACAACAAUAGUAAUGAUACUAGUGACAUUGUUGUACCCGGGCCUGGUGCUGGACCCGGGCCCGGGUACAACUUAGGAUUUGACGGAUUUCACGGGUCUGUACCCGUGAGUCCGUUGUUUCCUGGUCGGGCUAAGGUUCUACGGCCGCUUGAGGUUUCGCCGCCCGUGGGAGCGCAGCCUACGCUGUUCCAGAAGCGGGCGGCGUUACGUCAAAGCUCGGAUAAAUUGGGGGAGCUUGGGAAUGUGAAAAGUUGUGGUCCGGUGGAAAUGGAGAAGAAGAGGAAGAGAAGUGUGAUGGAUGAAGAUGAGAUUGAUGAGACGGCUACCAUUGAUGUUUCGGGUUUUAAUUAUGAUUCGGAUGAUGUUGAACUGAAUGGCGAGCAUGCGAAUGGGAACGGAGGAAGCGUUUCGGGUGCCGCUGGAGCUGAAGUUCAGAAAGGUAAGAAGAAAGGGUUACCUGCGAAAAAUUUAAUGGCGGAAAGACGAAGGAGGAAGAAGCUCAACGACAGACUUUACAUGCUUAGAUCUGUUGUCCCCAAAAUCAGCAAGAUGGAUAGAGCUUCAAUUCUAGGUGACGCGAUUGAUUAUUUAAAGGAACUACUACAAAAAAUCAAUGAUCUACAUAACGAACUAGAGGCGACACCACAAGGGUCAUUGAUGCAAGCUUCAUCAAGCAUCCAUCCAUUAACACCCACCCCACCCGCGCUUCUUCAACAUGUUAAGGAAGAAUUAUGUCCACCCAUCAACACCGCGACCGCUCCAGGCCAAAAAAACCAUCUUGCAAAGGUGGAGGUACAUGCAAGAGAAGGGAGGGGUGUGAACAUCCACAUGUUGUGUGGGCGCAGACCGGGUCUGUUGCUGUCAACAUUGAGGGCCCUGGAGAAUCUUGGGCUGGAUAUUCAACAAGCUGUCAUCAGCUGUUUCAAUGGGUUUGCUUUGGAUGUAUUUCGAGCUCAGCAAUGUAGGGAAGGGCAGGAGAUGUUGCCAGAGCAGAUAAAAGCAGUGCUUCUAGAGACAGCUGGAUAUCAUGGUGCCAUUUAGCAGCUUUUUUUAUGUGGUUACAUCCACAUGUUGAUCUUGUUACUUCUAACCAUUUAAUAAAAUCCACUUUUCAGUCAUUUUAAUUUAAUUAUGUUUUCUUUUGUCA